AUGUCCGAAUUGUAUCGCCCAAAUCAACCAAAUUGUGAAGUUGUGCGCUGGGCCGAGCGCUUGAAACAGAUGCUCACCCAAAAACACAACCCCAUCACCCAGUCCGAGACCCAAAGCGGCUUCCACCCACUAAAGUACAAUAUUGUUCUUGAAAGGAGGAUUUUUGAGGAAAAGAGCGCUUAUGAGGUCUGCAAAUUUGUGCAUAACGAUUACAACGAAAUCAUCAUUCUCGUCGGGUGCAGUAAACAGCCUGCCACCAAGCUACCCACAGAAGUGUGGUUGGACGCAAGGGCGCACGAAUUGUGUACUGAGACUGACUCGAGAUUGCCGUCUGAUAAAGGUCUCUACGUUGCAAAGGUGUGGCUGGGUCACGUACACUUUUUCAGGGCUGUGCGUUCAUAUGGUGGUUGUUAUGCUAUGCAUCCCAUUGUUAUGGGAGACAGAUGGCUACUGGAUGGGGAUACCGAAUUGGUCUAUGAUAUCUUGAAUGAGAUCAGAGGGCAGUUUGGCUUCUAUCCACUCCAUGAACCUUUUGUGCGUCUGAGCUCGUUGGAGAACUAUCAGGUUCUUGCGGAGACCUCCAGGAUCAUGUCCGAGACUGGCCCGAAGGUUGAGUAUCGUGAUUGGUUUACAGAUACUGAUAAUGAUGGAAAUACUGUGGAAGAGAUCAGGUGA